UGGGGAGUGGGGGCACGUGGAGCGAAAGAGGAAACGUCAUGGCCCUGUUUCGAUCGCCAUGCUCACCACUCCCUCCGACUCUCAGACUUGCACACCUCCUUAACACAUCAAGAUCCAAGCUUUCCCUUCGUUCCCCAAUAGCAAUGGCAUCUUCCUCUGCCUCUGAGCACAACGAUUCUAUGCACGCGUCGGUGAAACUUUUCCACGUCCCUGCGCUGAACGCCAACGAAAUGGGGCAGAUUGCGGAGAAGACAAUGGACAGGUACUCCCUCUGUAACGACGCGAAGAGGAAGGGCCGAGGAACGGUGAUCGUGUGGUUCCGGAACGACCUGAGGGUGUUGGACAACGAGGUUUUGUUCCGGGCCUGGUGUUCUUCUGAGCUCGUCUUGCCCGUUUAUUGCCUUGAUCCCCGCCACUUCGCCACCACCCAUUACUUUGGCUUCCCCAAAACUGGCGCUUUAAGAGCACAGUUUCUAAUUGAGUGUUUGGAGGACCUGAAAAGGAAUUUGGUGAACCGGGGUCUUGACUUGCUUAUCCACCGAGGGAAGCCUGAAGAGAUUCUUCCAUCCAUUGCCAAAACAUUCGGAGCACAUACGGUUUUUGCCCAGAAAGAAACUUGCAGUGAGGAGCUGGGUGUUGAAAGACGGGUUCGCGAAGGUCUGCAGCUAGAUGCAUUAUCGUCAGUAUCUACAUCAAACGAGCUCAGCGGCGCAGAUCCUUCGAUUGAUGCCAAACCACAGCACGCCUCUGGCAUCAGCUCCAAGAAGGGCCCGCAGCUACAUCUUAUAUGGGGUAGUACUAUGUACCACAUUGAUGACCUUCCGUUUAGUACUGCUCAUUUACCUGAUGUGUAUACUCAAUUCCGUAAGUCUGUCGAAUCUAAAUGCAGGAUCCGAGAUUGCAUAAAGGUUCCGAAAUAUCUAGGGCCAGCACCUUCUACUAAUGAUUGGGGCUGUGUUCCUACGCUCAAGCAGCUUGGGAUUUCCGUAGAUCAGGUCCAACUAGGGAUGAAGUUUUCCGGGGGUGAAAAUGCAGCAUUGAGCAGAGUACAUGAGUACUUCUGGAAAAAGGAUUUGUUAAGUACUUACAAAAAGACUCGGAAUGUGAUGGUUGGGGCUGAUUACUCGACUAAACUUUCUCCAUGGCUUGCUUCAGGAUGCCUUUCUCCCCGCCUUAUAUGUGAAGAGGUGAAAAGAUAUGAAAAGGAAAGGGUGGCAAAUGAUUCAACAUAUUGGGUCUUGUUUGAAUUGAUUUGGAGGGAUUAUUUCAGGUUUCUUUCAAUCAAAUAUGGGAAUUCCAUUUUCCAUCUGGGUGGUCCGAGGAAAGUGAAGAGCAACUGGAGCCAAGACAAGAAGCGGUUUGACUGCUGGAAAGAUGGCCGUACAGGGUAUCCUCUAAUAGAUGCAAAUAUGAAGGAACUAUCAACCACUGGAUUUAUGUCAAACAGAGGAAGACAGAUUGUAUGUUCUUUUCUUGUUCGUGAUAUGGGUCUUGACUGGCGUAUGGGAGCUGAAUGGUUUGAGACCUGUCUUCUUGAUUAUGAUCCUUGCUCUAAUUAUGGAAAUUGGACUUAUGGUGCAGGAGUUGGAAAUGACCCUAGGGAGGAUCGUUAUUUCAGCAUCCCUAAACAAGCAAAAACUUAUGAUCCUGAAGGAGAAUAUGUAGCAUUUUGGUUGCCUCAGCUGCAUGUGCUUCCAAAAGAUAAAAGGCACUUUCCUGGAAGAUCAUAUAUUCAGCAGAUCGUACCCCUGAAGUUUGGGAAUAUGCCUAGACAAGAUGGCACUCAGAUCAUUUCGUCUGGCAGACAGAGAAAGUCUAGAAGAUAGCUGAAGGAACAUUGAAGACAAAAAGAAGAAAGGCAGUAACAAAAGGCUUGUCAAGCUGAUUGACAUCCUGAAGAACUGCGAAAUUGUGGAAGCUGAGUCUGCCAUGAUCUCUUCUUUAUAAUGAGGUUUUGUUCUUACUCACAGUGGAAAAACUGCCGGUUUUGUGGAUAUUCCCCUUGAAAUUUAUCUUCUUCAGUAUUAGAGUUGAAUAUAGCAGAUUAAGUAUUGGUCAAAUCGAAAAUUCCAAUGAAUUGAAGAGAUCACUUCGAUUGUGCAGUUAAAUGUCUACUUAUCAUUUUCUGGAUAA